AUGAAGAAGAUGCACAAGGGCCAAAGCCUCCAGUUGGCACUGCGACUCACGCCAGGUAACAGAAGCAUAUCCACGCCGCCAAAAUAAUCUGAUCUUUGCCUUCCCUCAUUUCAAAGUUGAAAGAAUUAAUUGACACCCCAGCACAGAAAAUUCCAAACAAGAACAAAUGCAAUGGAAAAAAAACAAGAGAUAAAAAUUGAAUACGCACAAUCAUGAGGAUCGUGUAACAGAAGUGAAAGACUAGUGGAAGGCAGAGGCAGAUGUUAGAGCGAAGUCUCAGGCCAUCUUACAUGGGACCCGGCACCCUUUCCUUCUAUCACUCCAGCUCAUUAUUUUUCACCACUUUUUUCAUGCAAUGCUGGCACUCUCCUCCACCAUAACCCACUCCUCUCUCUCUCUAUCUCUCUCUCUCAUUUUCUAUCUCUAUCUUUAGGCCUCAGACCACUCUCCUCCCUCCCUAUUAAUACCUCCUCUUCCUCCACUCCCUCCUCUUCAUUUUUCAUCCCGGCAAAAACGUAUCCAACAUUUUUCGUAACCCUUUUUGUUCUAAUCGUUCCACUACUGCCUUUUCUCUUCCUCUCUUCUGCGGCUUAUUACAAGCUUCUUAAUCUCCCAAUCAUGAUGAGCUUCUGUAGAAAAAUCACCCCUCACUCUCUUCUCGGCCUCACCGCCACCACCACAACCACCGCAACUCCUUCCACUACCAAUGAAAACCUCCACCACUACAUUCCUUCUCUGACGGGAGGACUAUUAGGGUUAGUUACUGCAACCGCCAAUGACGUCACGCAGCGUCAUCCUCUUGUUUUGGAAUCUUCCUCCGUAAAGAAACAGAGCUCGUUGUCAUCGCUCUCGUCGUUUUUACCGCCUCCUGCAACCAAGGCUGUAGGAGGCGGUGACAUCGGCGGGUUCGGCUUCCUAGACGAAGUCGGUGGCGGCGUGGACGGGUUUGUGUCAUGCACCGAGAGUCUAGGGUUUGAGAGCUCGGAUGAGAUCAUGCGAGUGGACGAUCAGGUUGAGCAGGAUGACGAGAAGGAUGAGCUCAGGUUGAUGAGGCAGUCUGGGAACAAGAGGACCAAAUGGAGGAGGAUGAGAGAUAAGAGGUCGUCGGUGGAUAAGGUCAACAAUAAGUUUCCGCCGCCGAUCUCUUCCUUGAAUAAGAACGGACACCCGAAUUUCUAUCUCCGGUCGGUGAGGAAAGACGGGAGGUUGGAACUCACCGAGGUGAAGAUUCAUAGGCCAGAGGUUCUACGCGCUCAUCGCGAAGAUGGACGGUUGAGGUUGCAUCUUAUUACCCAUGACCAAGAAGAAGACUUAAUAGAAGAAGAGCAAGAAGAAGAAAUUGAAGAGGAAGGAGUUGAUGUUGAAGAUAUUAAUAAUGUCGAGGAAGGGAAAGAGAAUGUAGAAAUAGAAAGUAGUGUGAAUGUUGGGGAUCAGUGGAAGAUGGGGUUGGCUGGAGGAGAAGGGUUUAGGCGGUGUCAGGAUGUGGCGGGGAGUAGCCACCAUGUGCACCACCACCACAACACCCACCCGGUGUGGAGCCAGCAGCAUUGUGUGGUGUGAAUGUGUGAUGAGAUUGGUGAUGAGGGUGAGGUUAGCACUUUUAGCUAGAAUAGCAAGAUUGAUGUGUGUUCAAGUCAAGUGGCCGCGUUGAGAAUGAGACAACUGUACGUAGUUUAAAUUAGCUAGCUAGUACGUAAGUCUAGUAGGCUUGAUUAGCUAUUAAACAAAUUGAUCUACUAAAUUAAAGUGAUUGGAUAGAAGCAACCUAUCAUUUAGGUGCAUUGUUUGUGAGAGAGUAGCUUC